CCGCUGUUUGUGCAAUCAGAUUUGACAAGGCCGCGACCAAGCCUUUCGCACCCCUAAUUGCACAUUCCUUGUCUGCAAGUUUCAUCUUUGUGCAGUCAAAUCCUCAACAGAAGCUUUCUUCGCGAUAUCAAGCUCGCAAUGCUUUGCGCUUUGCCAUUGGUGCACCUAAAAGCGCCAAGGCCUUCCUUGCAUCACCUUGCCCAAAAGAUUGAUGAAAAGCAUUCGGAAAGAGGGCGUAUUGCCAUUGGGAGACCGAUAUCCAUUAUGCACUUGACGCGUUCUUAGACAGCCAAAAGCAAAACUUCGUUCCUCGCAAACUCUGUUCUUGCAAGAUAUUGCUCAAAAGGAGGGCAUUACAUUGAGGAUCCCCAGGUCUGGGUCAAAUUAGAUCUGAAUCCAGGAUUUCUUAGACCCUAGACUCCACCUGAGAGGUGCUCUGAGCACAACCUGUCAGUCUGGUUGUUAUAAGUUGCUCGCCUCGGUAUGGGGUUGGGUCUGCAAGAUCUUGAGAAGGAAGACGACUUUGAGGAAACAGAAAACUUCAACUAUAGAAAAGAAAGUGUCCUCGAUGCGAUACGGAGUCGGGGGGGCUGGCUUGUGUUCUUCUUCCUGGGCCUCGUGGUUGCCGCGUUUGUAAUCGAGGAGUUUCACGACAUCCUGCGGCGGGAAGUGGAGCUCAGCUACUUCGUGCCCCUCCUCAUUGGUCAUGGCGGCAACACUGGGUCACAGGCUGUGGCCAGUGUUAUUCGAGCAAUGGCAAUGGGCCACGUGUCCCCCGUUGAUUUGCCGUACGUGCUGCGAAAAGAGGCCAUCACUGGGUGCAUGAUCGGGAUGCUGCUGGGGGUGGUCAUCUUUAUGGUGUCGUUCAUGUGGUCCGGGCUCUCUGUCAUGGUCGGUUUGACGGUCGCCAUCUCGCUUCCUGUCGUCUCUCUUUGGGCCAACGCUCUGGGCGGGCUCUUUCCUCUGCUUGCGGUCAAGUUCGGGUACAAUCCUGCUGUCACAAGCGCCCCGCUCAUGACGACUGUGGUAGAUUCUUCGGGUCUGAUUAUCUACUUUUACAUCGCUCGGUGGAUGCUGCCCGGCUCUAUACAAGCUGUCGUUGACCCUUAGUGCUCACUAUCGCUUCAUGUAAAACGUCACUGACGGAGCCCACAGCAUCAGAAUAGGGGAUGUACGAACAUGACCGAACUGAAGGGGUACUAACCUCAUGCACUGUUCUUUGCUGCCAAGUCUGGGGUCGGAAGAGCUAGCAAGAUAGUAAUUUCUGAAUCGACCAUGUUGGCAUUAGGAGUAAGAAGUUUAUGGCAAGCCGCGACAAUCUGAUUCGAACAAGUCGGUGUAGGUAUAUGUAUGUAGUGGUUGUCCUGUAGGACAGUGGGGAUCUAAGGUGGGCCCGUGUUGGAUCACCAGAAACGUGACUGGCAAGUUUUUCGAGUCAGCUGCGGUUGAAGAGUUACUUGCACCAAGAGAAGCCGCCACUGCCACAAACCGUUAUAUAACCAUUGUUCGGAGACUUGGAGCCUGUACAACGAUCAGGUUUGAGUAGGUCGAAACUGCAAGUUCAGCGGAUUUUGUGACUGCAACGUCGCAAAAUUGCCAGCAUGGUGCCCAUGCCACUAGGAGAUGCUUUAAUUGCCGGUUAAAGAUUCAGCCUGGCGCUUAGUACUCAUGCCCAAAGGUACCAGGCUGUACGUCCACAAUCAAGAUUCAACAGGUCAUGUCAGACCCU